AUGAGCAAUACAAAUCCUGAUAAUCAACAAGGAAAUCAAGCCCUCAUAGACACUGAAAACUACAUCAAGAAAGGUUGCGAAAUAAUACAACGAGAAGCGACCAGAGUUCGUCAUGAGCAAGAGUCCAUCGAUGCGAUGUCGAAGAAACUAGACCAGGUUCACUUCUCAUCGACUGUUAAACUCAACGUUGGUGGUCAAUACUUUACCACAAGUGUGCAGACGCUGAAAAAAGAUCCCAACUCCAUGUUAGCCGCCAUGUUUUCUGGGAAGUUUGAGAUGAAACCUUCUGAAGAUGGUUCUUUCUUUAUCGACCGAGAUGGAACUUACUUCCGGUUUAUACUAAAUUAUCUUCGUAAUGGCGAGCUGAUUUUACCAGAGGGUGCUACAUUCCUCAAGGAACUCGAAGCAGAAGCUAAGUUUUAUCAGCUGCAAGGGAUAUUGGAUGAACUGAAGCCUAAAGAACCGAAAGUGUUCGAGGAGACGGUGAUACUGACGAACGAAGAGCAUCGAAGAGUCAUGAAAAGUUGGUUGCCUGAGGCUAUGAAAGGCGAAUGGCGCUUGCUAUUUCGAGCUUCACGAGAUGGCUUUGCUGCUUCAGCGUUUCAUUCCAAAUGCGAUAACAAAGGACCUACAAUCACUGUUGUAAAAAGUGGUGGAAACAUUUUUGGAGGCUUCAGUGAGAACGCUUGGACAAGUAAAUAUAACAUACUUGAUAUAUGUAAAAUACAAAUUAGCUUUAUCGAGGAACUAGCUCCUGAUGAAAGGUUGAGAACUUCAAUUCCAGUUUUAUGCAUGUCGUAAAGCCUGUGGCACCCUUGUUAAUUUCCUUUCCCCAUUAUUCUGAAGGCUCAUACUUGGAUACCUAAGCCACACUAACUAACAAACACCAGUGCAAAGGAUUACCACAGAUCAUACUCAUUAAACCAGGAUAAGUCCAUGAGCAGGAUAUUGGUAAAUUCUUUAUAGGUGGCUUAAACUUAUUUUUACGUUUCUCAGGGGAAAACUUUUCAGUAGAAAAGAUAUUGUCGAUGGUCUCAGGCCGAAAUUUCGUAUUCUAUGCAAAGGAGCAGGUCUGGUUAGUUAUCUGUGUGGGUAACCGAGCCCAAUAUAGGUUCAGGAUCAAAGAAGUUGAAUGGGGCAGAAAAUGUUUGAAAGGUUUAGAUUUAAAGAACGUUGAAUUUUAAAUGUGAAAAUGACUGUUUAACACACGUAAUGUCUGAAUAUAUAUGUCAGGUGUAAUCACUGUUAUUCACAGGUCGUUGUGAAUCGGUGUCAUGCCGCCAUGCCUUCCUGUUCAGCUUUGUAAACCCAAGUGGCCUGGGACCGACCAAACUGCCGCUUAUCUCAGGGAUCGACCCAAAUGGCAUCGUUUGUAUUAGCACCCUUGGACCAGUGUUUGGCAUUGGGAACGACCUGGUGAUAUCAAACAAUGCGGACGAAAGUCCUCAUAGUAACAGCCAACUCGGCCACACCUAUCAGCUUCCACCAGGACAGCAGAGCACGUUCUUCACAGGUGCCAAAAAUUUCACUGUUACAGAUUACGAGGUCUUUGGACUCAGCCAGUGA